GGGGCGGCUCCCGGCGGCCCCUCCGUCGGUUGCCAUGGUGCCGCGGCCCGGCGUGCUGUGGGCAGUGGCGGCGGCGGCGCUGGCGCUGCUGGUCCGGCGGGCGGCGGCGGCGCUGGCGGGGCCGGUGGUCCGCUGCGAGCCUUGCGACGCUCGGGCGCUGCAGCAGUGCAAGCCCCUGCAGCCCGACUGCCCCGAACGGGUGCGGGAGCCGGGCUGCGGCUGCUGCCUCACCUGCGCCCUCCGCCCGGGGCAGCCCUGCGGCAUCUACACGGAGCGCUGCGGCGCCGGGCUCAGCUGCCAGCCGCGGCGGGAAGAGGCGCGGCCGCUGCAGGCGCUGCUCGAGGGCCGCGGGCUCUGCACCAACGCUACGGCGGGCGGCAGGCUGCGGGCCUUCCUGCUGCCGGGACCGCACGCUGCAGGAAAUUUCAGUGAUUCAGAAGAAGACAGGAGUACCAGCAGCGUAGAAAAUCAGGCCAUUCCAAACUCUCACAGAGUGCCAGAUUCCAAGUCACAUCCACCACACAUCAAAAUAGAUAUCAUCAGGAAAGUGCAAGCCAAAGAUACACAACGCUAUAAAGUCGAAUAUGAUUCGCAGAGUACGGAUACAUUGAAUUUCUCUUCUGAAUCCAAACAAGAGACUGAAUAUGGUCCAUGUCGUAGAGAAAUGGAAGACACUUUAAACCACCUAAAGAUCUUGAAUGUCUUGAGUCCCAGGGGAUUUCAUAUUCCAAAUUGUGACAAGAAGGGAUUCUACAAGAAAAAGCAAUGUCGCCCAUCCAAAGGCCGAAAAAGAGGUUAUUGCUGGUGCGUGGAUAAAUAUGGACAGCCACUUCCUGGGUAUGAUGGGAAGGGAAAAGGAGAUGUCCACUGCUAUAACUUGGAAAGCAAAUGAGGGCUGAGUGCCAGCUCUUCUGGCAUCUGUGCACGGCCACUGGACCUCACAGAGACCUUUGAGGGGCUGGGCAAACACUGUGGGACUGCACUGUGUGUGGAGUAACAAGCUCUGCCUCCUGCAGCACAUGGGGAGUUGCAGCCUCUCUGGAUGCUGCUGCAGCUGCACCCUGCCACUGACACACAUCGAGCUUUCCUAUGGGAUGUGUAGGGAGCUCUGAAUUCCCAUGUAAACCUGCACUAUUGAUACCCAGAGAGAGAAAAACAAAAGGCACUUCAGAAUGGAAUCAGGGAGUCUCCACUGACUUUUUAAAGAAUGGCCUGUGACCAAUUUGAUCCCAAAAGAUACCGGGUUUUUUAAAGAUUUUAUAGACGUUAAGCUUGUAAAAGUAUUAAAAAGAAAAACAAAACCAAAAAAACCACAAUGAUUUAAAGGUUAAGUUUUUUUACAGGUCUGAUGGGAAACUUGUCUUCACGGGUAAAAAGUUUUAUAAAAAUCUCAAAGAACUUUUUAAAGAAAUGUAUUUCUAAAAUAAAGACAUGGCUAUUUUUUUUCUGUAAAAUAUAUUAUGAAUAUUCUGUUAGUCUGUAUUUAAUAUAAUUGUUUUUUAAUAAACUUUAUUUAAAUGUAACAUGUGAAUACCAAAUAUUACACAGUAACUCUAGUGUAUACAUCUGUAUGCAAAGAGAAAGUAAAGUAAGGUUAUGGGAUGAUUUGCAAAUAUGUAUAAAUCUGUAUGCAUACACACUGACCUGUUCUAGGUAAAAGAAAUGAAUUUUUGAAGCAAAGGAAAUGUUUCCAGAAGGGAUUGAGUUUUAUUAUUUGAUAUAACUACAAAUACCAAGAUAAUAUUUUUCUUAAUUAUUUUAUUGAUAAUUCUAAUGUACCCAUCACUGAAUUAUGCCACUGGAAAGGAUAACAAUCGCACUGAAGCUCUUGGUAAAGCUUUCUUCUGUCUGUACGUUGCUUCAGUUUGUGCAACAGGGCUUACAUUUCCUCCAUUUACUGCUUACACUCAUACAGAAUAUUCAUGGAGAAAAAAUUGCUGUUACAGUACUACUCUUUGCAUUUGCUUAUUUAUUUUGAAAAGGUGUAUCUAUUCUGUGUUGUCUUGGUAGCUUCUGCCAAAGCACUUACUCUGUAUGAGGAACUCCUGUUGAAAACAACGUUGACAAGAUGGGGUGUUGAGACCCAUGCAUUUCAUUUAUGCGACACACAAUUGUUGCUUUCUUUGACUAUGGUGGAAUCAUUUGCCUGCAUCUAAGCAUAGAAAAAGAACCAUUUGGUUUAAAUAGUUAAACUCACUGUCUGCCAUAGUGCUACAUGUCUUUUUAAUUGGAAGAGAAGUGAUUUGGUUUUGUUGUGGUAUGUGAUGCUUUCACAUAAGGAAGGCUUUGGCAGAUUUUUUUUUUUUUUUUGAGGCUGAUUGUUUAAUGUACUUUGUGAAAAAUUCUGUAUGACAGUGAAAUCUGGAUAAGGAAAGGUGGCCUAUGAAAUGUAUCAUCUCUCUGGAAAAAUAAUGCCAUAUUUUGUAUAUGUAUUUAUUUAUAUAUUUUAUAUAAAUAUUUUAUAUAUUUAUAUAAAUAUAUAUUCUUAUAUGUCUCACUAUAAAUGUUUGAUAUCACUGUAGAAAAAAGAAUCCUUCUACACUAAUUUCUUGUUGGGUUGGGAACUCCAUGAGGACUAAGGACAGUGGGCUUUCAGCUGUUGGAGCUAGGGGUUGUGUUGAUGGAGGAGAGCCUGUGGUGCUGAGGAGCCCAUUCCUCUCCCACUGCAUGAAUUAAAACCAUCCUUGUUCCUGCCAGCAAUGGCAAAUGUCUAGAAACUCUGAUGUGGAAGGAUUUUGGAUAUGCAGCUUGCCAGGAUUGGGGCAACCCAUCACCGUAACUCAGACAUUUAAUGCCUUACCCUGAAAUGUGUUAGCUGAACAGCACUAUGAGUGUUCACAUCUUUUCAACUUCUAAUGAAAUGAGUCCAUAUCAUCAUUAAAACUGAAAUUUUAUAAUUUCUUGGUAAGAAAAAAGUUGUACACGGAGUGAUGCUUACUCCAGGCUAAUACAGAUUUCCUGACACAUGGUUACAGAAAGCUUUGUGAGGUGAAGAUUUAUAGCAAUAUUUUUUUUGCUAAAGCAGAUCUAAUGCCUGCAAAGAUUUGUUGGCAAAAUAAUAAAUGCUGGGCUUUUUCUUUUUUCUUUUUUUUCUUUUCUUUUUUAGAGUUGUAAACCAGUUCUUUCAAAUAAUUUCACAGAGAGAAGAAAGUUGUACACACAACAAUACUUGGGCAUGUAAUCAUAGAUAACAAAAUAAGGGUUGGAUUAAUUUGAGUUAUUAUUUUGCCUCUUUUUUUAAAAUAACUAUCUGGUGAGCCUUCUGAAAACAAAAAUCAGUUUCUUUUAAGUAAUAGCUGCUUUGCAAGGCACAUUUUGCAAAGUGCCUUGUAUGCAUACAUUUGUAUGUAAGAAGUUUUAACAGCCUGUGACAGGCUUUAUGAUUCAGGUAUUUUGUCAAGUGUUUUAAUUUUUUAUGGUUUUUUUUCUACCAUUAAAAUAUGUAUAAACAAAUAUAGAAGAAACUGGCUAGCAGAGGUCCUUAAGUCAUAUAUUUUAUGAAAAAAAAACCCAAAAAACUACACCUCAAGGAGCUAAACCUGAUUUAAGUCUGUCACAUGAAUACUUAAGGAAUGGCGUUCAGCUCCUUUAUUAGUACUAACAGUCUUUAGUUAUGUUACAGAGAAAACAUACAGCCAUAAGGGGGAAAAAAAAAAAAUCUGUGUAUAAAUCACUUUUGUUAUUUUGCUUCCAACAGAUGUUUUUAAAACAGAAAUUGUGUUUAAAAAUAGCCCCAAAAAUAAAGUCUCACCUGUAAUUUAAAGUGUCCUUUUCAGAAGUUGCCUAUUAAAUAUUUUUUACAAGCACAGUUGCUUGCAGUAUUGGAUACUUGCCACUGUCAGUCUGAUGUCCCUGCCGGUUGACACUGGUAUGAAAUGCAAAACAACAUUAUUAUCUGUCUCAAAAAAAAGAACUUUUUUUUAAAUGAAAGAAUCAGUAGUGGCUUUUUCCUUUUUUUUUUUUUUUUU